AUGUCGAAGACAGGACGCAGCCAUCUGCUCAGGCACACACUGCCGGAAAUAGACGUGGCGGAACACUUUGGGACCACAGAUAGCAAGGAGAUCGCAAAGGAGAUCGCAAGGAUGGGGCAGAAGGAGCUGCAGGCUAAGUUUAAGAUGGUGUACGGAGCCCCCACAUUUUCCAAUAAUAACAAUUGGCUCCGUCGGAAACUCAUGGAAGCGGCGGGAUUGCAGACGCCGAAAGUGCUAGGAACAGGGCAGACUUCGCCAAGAAAGCACUCGCACAACUUGGGCGACUCUGGCCUAGACGGUGGCGCCUUUGAGCGCUUGCAGGGGGGCAUCAGGAGGACGAAGAGGCAACGGAAGCCAAAGCAGUACGACGACAUGAUGCUUGGAGAAGGGAUGGAUGGGGACUUUGGGCACAGCAAAGCAGGACAUCGCUCCAGCUCUGUCAGGGCGCCGCUGAGCAUAGGGGAUGCGUACUUGCAGCACCAGAACGCAGCCUACCAGGCCAGCCUUGGCUGGCAGGAUGCUGGGGACUUUCUGAUAUCGCCGCACAUGAUGGGCAAGCACCCUUAUGGCGGCGCUGGCGGCGCUUUUGGCCUGCCCGGCCUCUCCGAGGUGGUCUGGCCUGGCGUGCCCGGCCGCAGCCUGCGCGACAACGAGUCGGGCUCCAGCUCCGAGGACCAGACGGCGUACGAGGGAGGGCACCACUCGCACGGCGGCCACCACUCGCACCACUCGCACUCCACGCACUCGCACGAGGGGCCGCAGCGCUCUCCGCGCGCGGCGGACAAGCUCGUGCGCGAGAUCCAGGAGGCCAUAGCGCUGCUCGGGGGCGCCGGCGCGGCCGCGGGCGCGGCUUCCGGCAGCUUCCUCGGCGGCCGCGGCGCAGCCGCCGAACUUGGCUUCCCGGCCUUCGAGCCGCGCGACCUCGCCGCACCCCCCGGCGGGGGGUGGGGGUUUGGUCCCCCCGAGCGCAGCAGCGGUGGGUCCUACCAUGGCAGCGGUGGUGGCCGGGGGGCCGGUGGUGCCCCCCAUUCGCCGGCGCUCAACCUGCACGGCUUCCUGCGCGGCGGCUCGGCCGGACUUGGGGAGGCAGUGGGAGGGAACACGCCCAUCCUGGAGGACUUCAGCUACCCGCUUGUCAGCUCACCGGCGCUGCUCAGUGGCCUGGGUGCCGACGGACUGGACCUGUCCCACCGCCUCAGCUCCUUGGAAGGCCCCGGCGGCAUGGCGGGGUCGCGGGAGCUGCGUAGCCCGAGCCUGGGCGCUGAUCUGGCGGCGCUGUUUCCCACUCUGGGCUCGCUGGAGGGCCGCCAGGUCAUCAGCCAGCUGGGGACCGGCAGCGCAAAUUCAGACACCCCCCAGCCGAGCGCCGCCUCCUCCCUCGACCGCAUCCUCUCUGACCUCGGGUCCUCCGACGUCCUGCACGAGCGCAAAAUUGCAUCGGUGCCGACGGUGCCAGCAAGGAUAGAGCGCAGCCACGCGAAUCUGGAGGGUGCGGCGGCUCCAUCCAUGCGAUUCGCAGGCGUACCUCUCCUGCCCAAGAGCGCCGCAUCCCCCCGAUUCCAGCCGGCCGCGCCAGAACAGGCGAUCGCAGCUGCGCCAAGACAGGACGCGCCCGCCACCUCAGCCGACGGCCAGCCGCCGGUCCUGACCAGCGUUCCCUCCCUGGCCGCCUGGUCGCACAAGCAGCUGCAGCAGCAGCAGGCAGCUGCCGCGGCAGCUGCCUGCACCGCCACCGAUCCAGUCAACCUUGUAGAGCGUGAGGCCACUCCCGACCUCCCGGCUGCGGCGGCGAAUGCUGCCACAAAGAUAGAGGGAACUCCUCAGGAGACACUGCAGCAGCCUGAAGCAGCCGGUACCACUGAAGAGGCAUCUGGCGUGCCAGAAGGGACAGCGCAGGCUGGUGAUGAGGCAGAGUUGAGGCUGGCAGAAGUGCCUGUUCAGGCAAAGGCCGCCGAGGAGAAGCUAGAGGCCUCUCCCAUCCUGGAGUCCACGGACCCAUUCGCAUUCCUGCAGUGAUCUGGAGGAUGCGCGCACUGCGUGACCAUCCCUCAUAUAGGUGUUCUGUAGCGUAGACUGAGAGCUGCUAGCUGUUUAAAGUGCUGACAUGCCCAAUUUUGAAGUUACAGGGACAGGAGGGAUAUGAAGGGGGGUGGCAGAUCUCCCUGGAUGAUCUUCAGCCCGGCUGUGCAGGGUGCACUGGUGCUUUUUCACACUCACGUUACAGUCGCCAUUCAUUUGUCCACCAAUCUGCCCACCAUUUUCAAGCACAUUCUUGAAGCAGCAGGCCGACCUCUUGAGCCUGAGGUUUACAUUAACAUGAGCCUGUGACCGACAUCCAAAUGAGAGAUGGUGAGCUCCAGAAUGCUGAGUGCCCAGCAGCAAUUUCCAGAAAUGAAGAGCUGCACAGAUUGAUAGUGCGCUUUUGCUGCUUUUUGUUUGUCAUUAGACCCAAGCAUUUUGUGCAAUUGGAAUAAGUUUGUCGUCAGGAGUGCCUUUUGUCGGCAUCAGUUCAGCUGUGUGCAGAUGAGGAGUAAAUAAUGUGCUGGAUUUGUACAAAC